AGAUUAGGCUAAAGUAAAUCAGAAUCACAAACCACAGAGGGAGAUACUUCCAUCUCCUAUCUUCUUCCCUUCCAAAACCCCCAUCUCAUCCCACUCCGGCGUCUCCUCCGCCGACGUCGCCAUGGGGCAAGCCUGGGCGUCUCUCCAGGAUAAACUCCAAGGGAGGCAAUGGAAGGAGAAGCAGGUGAGGAAGAUCACGGACAAGGUGUUCGACCGCCUCACCGAGGACACCAAGAAGCGCGAGCAGGAGGCCCUCACCUUCGAGGAGGUCUACAUCGCCGUCCUCUGCGUCUACAACGACAUCAACAAGUACUUACCAGGGCCGCACUAUGAUCCGCCCUCCAAGGAGAAGCUCAAGGCCAUGAUGAAUGAGUACGACAUCAACCUGGACGGGCUCCUGGACCGGGAGGAGUUCGCGGAGUUCAUCCGGAAGCUGACGGCGGAGUCGCUGUGCGCGAUCAGCUUCAAGCUGCUGGUGACGCUGGUGGCGGCGCCGGCGCUGGCGCUGGCGACCAAGAGGGCGACGGAGGGCGUGCCCGGCGUCGGCAGGGUGGUGCGCAAGGUGCCCAACUCCAUCUACGCCUCCGUCAUCACCCUCGGCGUCGUCAUGGCCCAGAAAUCCACCGAGGGCGUCGAGUAGACGGCCAUCCGAUUCGAGCCUGCGAGAUUCAGAGCUCGCGAGCUCGAUCGAACCGACGACGUCGUAUGAUCGUAACGUGUAAAUGCUGCACUAGGCAGCAGGGAUAGAUGCUGCUGCUGCUGCUUUGAUUUGUUACUAUUUUGUUUGACGCUUUAAUGGGAGUUGUUUUAAAAUUGUUUUAAAAUUUUCGCAUGUAAUCUCUCGCUUUUUUUUUGGCAGUAAUCUCUCUGGUCGUUCUUGGUGCUA